AUGGGGGUCUCCGGCAGCGCCCCCGCCACCCCGGCCGCGCCCCGCAAUAAGCACCUGGCGCACGUCAGCGACCCCCGCUCCCCUACCGCCGGCAUCCUGCGCACCCCUAUCGAGGUGGUGAGCUCCCCGGCGGGCAGCCCGCAGCCCAGCCCCGCCGAGCCGCCAGCGGGCACCGACCAGGAGCGGGACCCACGGUCGCCCACGCCCGGUAUUUCCCGCACUCCCAUGAGAACCGUGUCGAGUGGUGACAAGCCCAUAAGACACAAGCCCAACAACAAAUUAAUGGUGACAUCUGGAGGAACUGGCCGCUCUCCUCUCAGCAUUCUACAAGAUGAUAAUUCUCCCAGUGCUCCUGCCCCUCGCCAGGGCAAGAGGCACGUGUUGGGAGAGAACUUUGGAGAGAAGAAGGAAGUGGAUCUGAGCAGGAGCCUUAAAUCUGGGAACUGUGCUUGGAGUGACUUGAACAAAGAGAACCAACAGUGUCCCUUUGUGGAGAACUAGACAUUUUUCAGGAUCUUGCUAUAAUUUGCUCUUAUGUUUAGAGAAUUUUCUCAGGGGGAGAAAUCCUACAAUAGACUGGAACCCCAAAGCAGUGGUCACAUUUCUCACCUAUCCCUAUUGGGGAAAGAUCUCUCCCUCCUCUUCCUAGCUUGUCAUGUCUUAUG